UACACAACACAAUACUCACACUCUCUGUUCAUAAUUUUCGAAUCUGAAACAAUUUCAAGUCGCAGCUUGAGGUCGAUUUUGUUACCAUAGAUGAAUUACCCAUAACCACACAGCUUGUUGGCGGAAGAAGAUGGCGACGGUGGAGAAGUUGAAGGCGGCGGAGAAGCUGUUGUCGCGGCUCUCCGAGCGGAAGAGAUCGAUAAUCGAACACGUGAAGCAACAAACGGAGUCGUACAGUCAGCACCUCGCUUCCAAACUCCUCAUUCAAGGAAUUAGCCCUCCCUCGUGGCUUCGGGACCCUAGCACCUCGGCCUCAAAAGAGCUAAAUGAAGAAGACCUCAUCUCUAGACUUCUAAGUCAGUACCAGGAGGGGUCAGCUCGUUGCUCUAUUGCAAGCUCCCCAGGGCAUAGCAACUUAAUCGCUACUGGAGAUCGCGAAAAAUUUAGGGAUGGAGAUGUUGUGGAAAUUCCAGCUACUAAUGAAGAUCUUGAUCAAGAAAAUGAACCAGUAGCACCUGGAUUUAGCUGUGACGAUAAUGGUGAAUGUGCCCUCAGCUCAGUUCCCAAGCUAGAUCAUAGUGCUGCAUUGCCUAAGGAUCAGACAGAUGAAAAUAUAUCAAAUAAUUACACUAUACCAGAUCAGUCGCUAGCUGGAAUCCAGAGGUCUAAGUCCAGACAAAAAGCUCUUAAGCUCCGCAGCAGUGCAAAAGCAUCAGGGAAGAGUGGUUUAAGACACGAGAGUAAUGGCGAUGUUGUUUCUAGCCAGAUUAGGUUUUCUCUCUCUAUUACAAAGCAGCCAUGCCAAAAUGAUGAUAUGUCCCAAUGGGAAGAACCCUGUAUAAUUGAUAAUCACAGUAGUGUGAAUAGGAAUGUGGUUGAAACUCAUAGCUUAAAUAGAGAAGAGGAAGUGGCUGCACACUCUGAGAGUAGGUCUGAAUCUCAUGCCGAAGUCCCAAUAUCUGUUGGAGGUUCUUCUCCAUUGGAUUGUUCAUCUAAUUACUACAAAGAUAAGGCAUGUCAAGAUGCUAGUGUAAAGAGAAAUGAAUCCAAUCCUAUGUCUGACACUGAGCAUCCUGAUAAUCAUGUUAACCUGGCAAAAUCAGCUGGACCAUCUGCUGUUUGUCGUGAAAGCAUUAGAGGCAGGGCAGAUGAAGAUGCAGAUUUUCUCUGCGAGGAUGAAGAAAAAAAUAUUCAUACUGGUGAAAUUAUUAGGUCAGAUGUUUCUAGCAGAAGGCAAACUUGUGGUUGUGGCUCAACCAAAUCUGGUAGUUCUUUUGAUGAUUAUCAGGGAAUGGAUAUUACUAUGAAGGAUGCUGGGGAUUAUCUACCCCCAGAUUGUUUUGAUGGAUCCUUAAUGAAGAUUCAUUCCUGUAACGUUCAUAAUGAAGGAUGUGAUGCCCAAGAACCAGUCCUAGAAGAUGUUCAAAGAUACAAUGCUUUUCCAUCUCCUAGUUCUAAUCAAUGCAAUGCCCUUCCAGUUGAGAUUUCUGAUUUGGAAUUACCCUCUGCAUAUGCUAAAGUGUAUGGAGGCAUUCUUACUCCAUCAGGUGCCGGAUCAGCAAGACAAGUUAAUGAUUCUCAAGAGCAGUUGGGGUUAGAUAAACCAUCUGAUGAAUUUCGUAGCAUGACAAGGUCAAAAACUCAUUCUUAUGGCAAACAAACGUAUCGACAUGUAAUGUAUAAUGGGGGUAAUGAAUCCAUCGCAGACUGUGAAGGAAAGUCUGCUGAAGAACUUCAGAACUCAAGUGUUCAAUCUAUUCCUUCCUAUCUUAGUACCCAUAAGAUGCUUCAUGAUGAUGAAAAUGGCAAGCUUGUUAUGGCCGGUGAGCUCUGUUUUCCUGAUCAUGUUGAUAAGUCUAGCCUUUCCAGUGCUAAUUAUUCUAAGCAGGGGAGAGGAUUGGAGUCAGAAGUUGCACUGACUCCUUCAGAUUCUUUUGCAUCUGCGGAACCAAAGCAGUUAGAGUCGAAACAGACUGAAGAGUACGACCUGAAAGCCUUCACUUCUAGAUCUGGAAAGAAGUUAAGUUGUCCCUUCAAUGAUCCUGAUGUACCACUAGAUAAAGGAAUUUCUGGUGAAAAUUAUUCGCUGUCUAGUGCAGGAUCAGCAAGACAGGUUAAUAGUUCUCAAGAGCUACCGGGGUUAGUUAAAACGUCUGAUGGGUUUCGUAGGGUGACAAGGUCACAAACUCAUUCUUAUGGCAAACAAAGGUAUCUACCUGUAAUGUAUAAUAAGGGCACAGAAUCCAUCUCAGACCGUGAAGGAAAGUCUGCUGAAGAACUUCAAAUAUCAAGUGUUCAAUCUAUUCCUCCCUAUAUUGGCACUCAUAAGCUGCUUCAUGAUGAUGAAAAUGGCAAGCUUGUUAUGGCCAGUGAGCUUUGUUUGCCUGAUCACGUUGAUAAGUCUAGUCUUUCCAGUUCUAAUGCUUUGAAGCAGGAAAGAGGGUUGGAGAAAGCUGCAUUGACUCCAUCAGAUUCUUUUGCAUCUGCAGAACCAAAACAGUUAGAGUCAAAACAGACUGAAGAGUACGACCUGGAAGCCUUCACUUCUAGAUCUGGAAAGAAGUUGAGUUGUUCCUUGCAUGAUCCUGAUGUACCACUAGAUAAAGGAAUUCUUGGUGAAACUAAUCUGCCAUCAAGUGCAGGAUCAGCCAGACAGGUUAAUGAUUCUCAAGAGCUACCAGGGUUAGUUAAAACGUCUGAUGGAUUUCGUAGGGUGACAAGGUCACAAACUCAUUCUUAUAGCAAACAAAUGCAUCUUCCUGUAACGUAUAAUGAGGGCAUUGAAUCCAUCUCAGACCGUGAAGGAAAGUCUGCUGAAGAACUUCAGAUAUCAAGUGUUCAAUCUACUCCUCCCUAUCUUGGCACCCAUAAGCUGCUUCAUGAUGAUGAAAAUGGCAAGCUUGUUAUGGCCAGUGAGCUUUGUUUGCCCGAUCACGUUAACAAGCCUAGACUUUCCAGUUCUGAUUAUUCUAAGCAGGGAAGAGGCUUGGAGUCUGAACUUGCACUGACUCCAUCAGAUUCUUUCGCAUUUGUGGAACCAAAACAGUUAGAGGUGAAACAGACUGAAGAGUACGACCUGAAAGCCUUCACUUCGAGAUCUGGAAAGAAGUUGAGUUGUUCCUUGCAUGAUCCUGAUGUAUCACUAGAUAAAGGAAUUCGUGGUGGAAAUAAUCAGCCGUCUUCAAGUAAGCAGUUACCAAGGAUGCUAGAUAUCUCAACUCAAGGAGGGAAAUUCUGCAGGGAUUCCUUUCAACCUGAUGUCCAGGAUAGCCCAGACACUCACAAUGGAAAAUUUGGACCAGUUAUUGACAGUGUAAUAUUAAAUGCUUCCAAAGUUAGUUCAGAAGCUGAGCUAAAUUUUAGUUCUGAAGUUCACGGCGAGAUGCACGAUCUUCCAUCUAAAAUGGUCGACAUAACUGAUAUACAAAUUCUUCCAGUGAAUUUACAUGUUAAAUAUGGGCCUGAGUCCUCCCCUGUGCACAGCAUGGAACAGGGGAAUUUCAAUGAUGAAGCAAGUGAUAAGAGUCAAUUGGUCUUAAGUGUUCCAGAAAGCAAAAACUCAAGGCUUUCACAUGUCCAAGAGUCAGAAAAAGACCCAGCAGCAAACUCCAGUGCUUGCUUAAUUAAGAAAGCAGGGACAAAUCCAAUUGCAGUUGAUGAGAUAAAGCAAUAUCCUGCUCAUCAAACAUGUCCUGAGAGUGGUGUAAGUAGCAAACAUGGAGAUUCAUCACUGGGGAUUACUUCAUUGGGAAGACCUAGUAUGAUCAGGUUGGAUGAUAAAAAUUCGUCAUUCGAGAGAAGACUCAGACACGUGAGAACUGAAUCAUGGCCACAGAUCAAAAGACGGAAAAUUGAACACCAGCAAGAUCGUGGCUUUGCAACUUCCAAGAGCUUUCGGGUGAAAAAGCCUCACACCUUUCAAUGGGAUCCUGACAUUGCUUAUCAGAAAACAAUGGAAAUUGAGAUAGACUCUGGUCUCGUGGUACAUGUAGAAAAGAGUAAAGAUGAUGGAUUAUGCUUAGAGGUGAACGCUAAUCCAAUGGAAGAAAUUCAACCUGUUAUGUUGUCCCAACAAGAAGAGGUUGAAUCUUGCUAUGUUGAAAAGAGUGAAAAUGAACAUACAUCGCCUGUUAUAAAUAACGAGCAGUUAGCUGCGACCAUCUCAAGCUUGGCCAAGAAAGAAUGCCGAAACUCACAAGGAUGCUUUGUCGAGGGAACCAGAACUUCACCUUUGACUUGCGAUUACCUUGAUGCAAGCCUGUCUGGGUAUAAACAAUGUAGACAGAACUUAUGUAAUCUCGAAAAUAAUACUGACAAUCAAAGUUCUGAUAUUAUGAAACUUAGCAGUACGCUGACUGAGGAAAUACAGCAACCUCCCAAGUGGGAGGAUGGUUUACACAUGCAGCAUUCUGUUCUUUCCUCAAGCCAUGAAGAUCUGCAACUUAUUGAUUUUGAUCAAUCUAUGCCUGUAUUUGAGGGGUUCAUUGUAAAUGCAGAAACUGACACCGAGGAAAUGAAUCUUCCAGCAGUUGGAUUUGACCUUGGUGAACUGGAACUUCCUAGGACAACACUGGAACGUGCUAGCAUUCUAGCUGAAAUUUGCAGAUCUGCUAGCUCGGGUGGACCCUCAUCCCACUUCUCAUCUGCUUUCAAAUUUCAGGACACCGCAAAUUUGUGUAAUUCUGUAUCUGAUGAUGGUCAUCUCGAGCACACACAAUUUGGAGAUGCUAAUCCUUUAAAUGCUGAGGUUGGGAUUCAUUUUCAAUCUUGUAGCAGUUCUUCAGAUGAUUACAAGGAUGCCCUUGAUGGGAUGCCUUAUUCUGUUUCUUUUGCUUAUUCUGGUGAAAGAUAUGGUUGGGAUUCGAGAAACCAACCACCAUCUCCAGUUGGGAAGCUUUGGAAUCAAUUCUCAUCACAUUCUGGGAGUUCAGGAAAAUGUUCCACUUCAAAUCCUGAACUUACUUGCUUCCCAAUAGAGGAAGAUCCCAGUAGUAGUGAAGAGAAUAAAACUAUGGAAGAGAACGCAGGUGAUACACAAGAUGAAACUGAUUCACCAUUGGCCAACAACUGUGGUAAAAGGAAUCCACUUACAGAUUUGACAAAUAUGUGUACAAAUCCUCCCAUGUCAGUUUCUACAGAAGAGGAGACGUUGAGAGCAGAUUCUGUGGAUUUUCUCAGAUCAAAAUUUAGUGUCACCGGGACACAAGAGAAGACACUGUUGGGUCAAAAGUAUCAGUUUAGAAAAAAUAGCGAGGCCAGCGAAAAACAGACUUCAUGUACUCAUGCUGCUGAUGGUAGGAAACACCAACUUUCAUCUAUUUGUUCAAAUGCAACCAAUAGGGCCAAGGAAUCAGUGUACAACAGCAUCAGCAAGUCAACCGUUUCAACAAAAACCAGGUUGAAAGGGCGGGAUCAAAAGCUUUCUUCGAGAGGAUCUAGAAGUAAUAACAUUGUCUCGAAUAUUAGUUCCUUUAUACCACUGAUACAACAAAAACAAGCAGCUACAGCAGGCCAAGGAAAAAGAGAUGUCAAGGUGAAGGCCCUGGAGGCUGCUGAGGCUGCAAAACGUGUAGAAGAGCAAAAAGAAAAUGAACGUAAGAAGAGGAAGGAAGCAUUAAAACUUGAACGAGCAAAGUUGGAAGAAAAGAAUUUGAAACACAUCGAAUUGGAGAAGAAAAAGAAAGAAGAGGAUCGCAAGAAAAAGGAUGCUGAGGUUAUUGCAAAGAAAAGGCUGAGAGAGGAAGAAGAGAAGAAGGAGAAGGAGAAGAAAAGAAUGCGACUUGAAUCAAGGCAGCGGCAAAGGGAACAAGAAGAAAAAAAGCGAGUAGCGAGGCCUGAAAAGGAAAAUCAACGGACCAAGGAUGAUCAAAUGAAGAGAAAGAAGGAAUUCAAUAAUGAAUCUAAAAAGCAGCAGAACCGGGAAAUCACUGGAGGAGAAAGCGUGGCCAUGCAGGAGGCAGACAAUAAUUUAACACUCAAUGAAUUUGUGGCGAAUUAUGAAGAAUCUGGCACUUCUGCUAUAUGUGAUGGAGAGGGGAUGCAUGCAGUGAAUAAAUCACCCAGAAAUGAGGACUUGAUAGUUCAGAACAAUAAUGGAAAAUCAUAUGAGAUCUCUCCAUACCAGUGCACAGAUGAUGAAGAUGAAGAGGAUGAUGAGUUGCGCAGCAAGAAACGUAUUCCAUCAUGGUCCAGUAAAAGCUCCAUCGCUCUGUUUUUACCAAUGCAGCACCAACUGGACCCUGAUGUGAUUUUCCCCCUUGAAAGUUUUUGCAGUAUCGGUGAAAUUUUGCUACCCCGCAAGCUACAGCAAAAGAAGGUGGCUGCUUGAAUCAAAUUAUUGGCUGUUGAUUGUCACAUCUCAAAUUUUUGCUGAUUGUUUCCGACAGAGGCUUAUUAUGCUCAAAAGUAGGUUAAUAGUAGCCCUGUGUCUGCAUGAGAUGAUAUUUAGAAUCCGAGGCUUUUGAUGUUCGCCCGAUGAACUCUCUCAAUCAUUUGAUGUUAGACGCCAUGUAUUGAAUAUGGAUGCUUGGCAUAUUACUAAUAUAUUGUGUACAUGAGAAGGGAUGCUUGGAAUAAAUAGAUAGGACAAAACUAACAUGUAUAUGUAUUAAUGUUCUUACUUCUGUUACGAUGAAUCCAUGAUUUUUAGUUCACAAUUUGUUCUUUCA